AUGGGGAAAAAUUCAUUGAAGGAUUUAGAUCUUUCGAAUAAUUUUCUUACUGGUUUAGAGAAACUUUCAUGUCUAAACUCACUUAAAGUUCUUGAUCUGUCUAAUAUCAAUUUCAGUGGCAUUAUUCCACAUUGUUUAGGAAACUUUAGCAUUUACAAAAGGAACUCUUUUGGAAUUGCAGGUCUGGUCUUGAGAUUUAAUAGGUUUCAUGGUCAUAUAGACGCCUUUAAGACCAAGAGUAAAGUUCCUUUCACUAAGUUGAUGAUUAUUGACAUAUCUUACGAUGAGUUCAGUGGCCUUUUGCCAACCAAUUAUAUCAAAAAAUUUGAAGCAGUGAUGAAUGUGGAUGAACAUGCAAUGAAAUUGAAAUUGAAAUACAUGGGUGAUAUCUAUUAUUACGAUUAUGUGGUGGUGAUUAUGAAAGGACAUGAGAUUGAAUUUUCAAGAAUCUUAACCAUCAUGUCAAUCAUUGAUUUAUCGAGCAACAAAUUUAUAGGAGAGAUUUCGAAAUCCAUUGGGAGACUUAAUUCACUUCUAGAUCUUAACUUAUCUCAUAACCUCAAAGGCCAUAUCCCAACUUCACUUGGAAAUUUGAAAAACCUUGAAUCAUUGGAUCUAUCCUCAAAUAAGUUUCUUGGGGAGAUUCCUCAAUAA